UUUCUUUGUGAUUAGGAUUGAUUUGGUUUGCCUUAAUUUCUGUUUGGAUUAUGGUUAAUCUGUAAAUAUAGUUCCUAGGUUUGAAAUAAAAAACAAGAACAAUAUUAGGUUUUCAAAAAACUAUUGAGUCAUUUUCAAAGAAAAACCUCCCUAUUAGUUGCAUUGCCAGCAGUCAAGUCAGCAGUCUAGUUAGCUGCUCAGUCAAUGGAAGUUGGAACCUUCUCCACACAAAGUACUUGGUUAUUUUAUUGAAACUUAUCGAUGAAGGCUUAAACAGUGCCUUUCUCCUGGUUUUAAAGAGAUCCAUUCUCUAUUCCAGACACACAUUCAAAACAUCUAGUCUGUAUUGGCGGUUGAACACAAGAACUCUACAGAGGAUAGAAAAGCUUUCUUUUCAGCUUUCAUCAAUGGCAGAUGGAUCUCGAACUGAAGCUGAACAACUGAACAGGAGCCCCGAGGAAAAUUCUGGAGAGAGAAAUGAGCAAGAGCUUUCGCAAAACGAAAAUAGUGAGACCUGGAAGAUUCAUAGGAAUGAAAUCAGCUCAUCUGAAGGCACAGACGUUGGGGUUUUCGACUUCGGCAACAAAUACGAUGCAGGUCAUAUUGAUGGUCUUGAUGCAAGGAAGGGUCGAAACUACAACAUUGAGGGCAAUAAAAUCGAUUCAAACAAAGGCCAGCGUGUGGGGAUUGGCAAAUUUGGCAACAACUACUCCAUGUCGACCGCAUCAUUUUUACUGGGUGGGCUUAUUGUUCUAGUUUUUGCUAUAUGUAAGCGAAGCUAGCUGUACAAACAAGAAGGAAAUAUAAAUAAGAUAAGAAGGAAAGGAGCUGCUGAAUAAACAGGCUGGAAUUUCCAAGAAGAAAACAAAAACUGAGAUGUAUGGUUUGGAGAUUUAUGGCCACCAGAACUCCUACACUCGAACUUUUCUCUGAAUCUGAAUGUUAUUUCUCUUAUAUUUCUGUA